CAAUGCAUGCGAAAGUUAGGUUAGGAGAGAUGUGUGCGAAAAAUCUGCAGAAAAUUUCAGACAUUGAUCAUCUCAUUUCGGAUUAAUUUUAUUAAAAAUUGCAGCCUUUUUGUUUUUUAAACGUUUUGCUUUAGUUUUUAUUUUGGAGUUUUGUGGUAACUUUAAUAUAUCCUUAACCUUACGUAACUGUGUUUCAUCGAAGGCAUGACUAAUGUUACAAGAAUUAUAACCAGCCAAGCACCAGUGGUGUGGAAAAACCUAAAUGGAUUGAUUUGUGUCCACAAGCCAUCUGAAAGGAGUGUGAAGUCAGUUCGAAAAAUUAUCGCCGAAAGGAUUUGUAAUGAAUUGAACGAACUAGAAGUCCGGCCGCCAACUACUCAUGUCAGCAUAGUUGGUGAUACCACCAAGGAGCUAGAUGUUCAAGUGAAACCAAGUUUUGCCGAUCACCCUGCAGUUGUGGGCCCACGAUAUAUACCAGAGGAACUUUACAUUAGUACAGGAAAUUUUCUCGGUUACCAUACGUCAGGUGUCCUAGUUCUAGGUCUACAAAAUCUUGGCGCAAAAAAAGCUAAAUUCUUACGUAACUCAUCGCUACUCAGAACAUAUCAACUGAAAGGAAAGUUGGGAGUUGCCACUGCUAACUUUUUCAUGGAUGGGAAAGUUCUCUUCCGUGGCCGUUACGAUUAUAUAACCCGAGACGCUGUGGAUAAAGUGGCUGCAACGAUGGAGGCUCUACAUAGAAAAGUGAUUUUUGAUCUAUGUUCUGUGGACCCACGCAGUCAAACAGCAUAUGAUUGGGCAUCUCAAGGUCUUUUGCGCCCUUUCAAAACAAAGUCGCCUGUUAUUUAUGGAAUUAAGUGUGUGGAUUACUCUCCGCCAGAAUUUACCGUUGAAGUUCAGUGCACCAAUGAAACAGAAGAAUUCCUAAUCGAACUCAUCAGUAAGCUUGCCGCAAAAUUACGAACAGCUGCAGCAUGUGUACAGAUCAAGUGCAUCAGAUUCUCUCAUUUUGAUAUAGAUGACGCUUUACUGAAGAAACAUUGGAGUUUACAGCACUUCCUGGACUCAGUUUUAGAUGGUGAUACAAAGUACCAAAAAAUUAGAGAUACUAUAUCUCCUACGCUAGUCAAUUUUCAAUCAGAAGAAACAUCCACGUAAGCUGACUAUUCAAAUGGAAAAGAAAGAAGCUCCACGGAACCCAUGCAAAUGAAAUGCAAAGAAACAGAGGCUCAGGAAGCUAAUGCAGUGAAAAUCUCUCCCUUUCAAGUUCGGUCUUCUUCGUUUUGUUUCUCUACUCCUUUUCAGCAUCCAUCUGUAAUUUCCAGUAAUUUUCAAGCAAGUCGUGAGGUAACUGAUUCAAAUCGUCCUUCCCGAAAUCUUUUUUUCAAGGAGACUUCAACCGUACUAUCCGAUUUUGGAACUGAUGGUGGCUCUGCAUCAUCUAUUUGUACAGCUGUAGACUCUGCAGCCAAUGAGUUUAAGCCUUCAAGAACACAGUUAGGAAUAUCGAGUAAUGUUAAUAUUACCAAUCACAACAGAGUUAAUGAUACAACUGAUUUGAGUCGAAUUUUUACUUUCAACGAAAAUGGCGGAAUAAUGCAUUUGUCAUCUCCCCCUCUAGCGUGCAUUGAUAGAAUGUUGAAUAACUUUCGAUAUGACCCAGAUCGACCGCAUUACUCAGGUUAUGUUAGCACUUCUGAAAAAAAUUGUCUCACAAGUCAAACUUCAAUUACAGGAGGAGCAUGUGGAGAUCCAAGCUCCCUUUCUUAUCAAAAUAUCGAUAAAUUGAAUUUAUGUAAAGCCAAGAAUGGCUCCUCAAAAGAGCCAAUGCAAGCCUGUGAUCAUGUCACUAGUGUAGAAAAUUCCCUCAGAGUGAAUGAUUUCGUCGUGGCAAGCACGAGUGACUGCACCCAAUCAAGUGUUUGUUCCCCUUUACCCGCUCUAUCUGCUUCACAAGGUGCAAGUACGCCAACUUUCCAUGUCAAAAGACCGGCCAAGUCCCAAGGUCCCAUCUGUAGGAAACGUAGACAUUCAAGAAGGGUAAACAUUCCCCCAGGCAAAGCCUCAACACCCAAGAUCAUCACAAGUUUUAUGGAUGAAUUAAAAUCUGAUGAGACUAUGUGUCUUGCUGAAUUAUUUUUAAAAUGUGAAAGUCCUUUACCCCCUCCAUCUACAUCUCACCAAGUCCAAAGACCGGCCAAACUUCAAAGCUUUUUGAGUAGAAUUCCACGAUUGAAGAGGAAUAGGCACUAUCCAGUAGAGUUUAAGAGAAUUUCUCCAGGCCAAGCCUCUUCUCAGGAGAGAGAUUGGAGGAGCAAAGGUGCUUGUGUAAGCAGUCGUCCAGGCAAGACGAUACAUCCACAAGGAAGUCAAAGCGUUUUAUCUGCUCCAUCUACAUCACAAGGUACAGGCAUUCUUUCUCGUAGGAGCAAAGGUGCUUGUGUAAGCAGUCGUCCAGGCAAGACCGCACAUCAACAAGGAAGUCGAAGCCUUUUAUCUGCUCCAUCUACAUCACAAGGUGCAGGCAAACCCACAAUUCCAGCCAAAAGAUGGGCCAAGCCGCAAAACCCUGUCCACAAAAAACGUAGAAGUUCGAUUAGGGUUGCACUCAAAGGCAAAUCUGAAAUUCCUGUUCAGAGGAAAUAUGCGAAUUCAGGAAGGAUGAGCACCCGUCAAAACAGAGCCUCAGCACCAGAGGCAUCGAACGGUGCAGGCAAAUCCACAAGCCAGGCCAAAAGAUCGGCCAAGCUUCACUAUCCAGUAGGAGUAGGCUCUAUCCAAUAGUUUAAGAGAAUUUAUCCAGGCUAAGCCUCAUCUCAGCAGAAAGAUGGAUAUUCUUACCCCGGUUCUCCUGUUCAAGGUGCAGGUAAAUCAAUAAGCCAGCCCGAAAGAUCGGCCAAGCUUCAAAGCUCCUUGAAUAAGAAUUCACAAAGGACGAGCAAUUAUCCACCUAAGACCUCGUCUCAGAAGGAAGACGGCAGUUCUUGCUCAGAAGGUACAAGCAAGUCAAUGAGCCAGGCCUAAAGACUGGCCAAGCCCAGAAUUCCUCGAGGUAGGAGCAAAGGUCCUCGGUAAGCAGUUGUCCCUGGGCUAACCCAGGUUUAAAAUUAAAAAUAGUUAAAAUUAAUUACCAUGCAUUUUAUUUUAUUUUCAAAUUUAUGUUGUUUCCUUUCCAUUUUCAGUUUUUCUUAUUUUUUAUCUUUUACUUUCUUCGGUAAUUAUUUAUGAAAUUAUUAAAAAAUGUAGGGGUCCUUUGCGAAUGAAAAUCUAAAUGUAUAAUUAUAAAUUUUUUCUUUUUUGUUUUAUUUACAGCUUUGGCUUUCUUUCAGAAGUUUAUUAUGUUCAUAGAUAAUCUGCUCUAAUAGAACGUGAAAUGAGUGAGGAAAGAUAUACAGCACUAGUCUUAACUAAUUCAUUGAAUUUCUAAAUCGAUUCACUCUUCUACUCUAUCUAUUGUGAAAGCAGGCACCAUGUUUUUUAAUUGUACUCAAACACACUUGAAUGUAUUUAAUAAAGAAGUGAAGUCAA